AGAUGGAGAAGUCUGAUGAAGAGGAAGAAGAGGAGGAGGAAUCGGAGUCAGAUGAAUCGGAGGAGGAAGAACCGAAGCUGAAAUACGAACGGGUCGGGAACGACUUGUCGGACAUCCUGAGAAAAGAUGCAGCCAGCUGCAUGGCAGUGCAUGAGAAGUUCCUUGCCCUGGGGACCCACUGGGGGAUGGUGCACGUGCUGGAUCACCAAGGCAACCGCAUCUCUUCCAAGGAGUACGCUGUGCACCAGACAACAGUAAACCAGAUCAGUCUGGACCAGAACGGGGACAACAUGGCGUCCUGUUCCGAUGACGGCAAGGUCGCGGUUCAUGGCCUCUACAGCACGGACGACAACAUCCUCAUGAACUACGACUGUCCUAUAAAGGCCGUGGCCUUGGACCCCAACUUUUCCCGCCAUAACAGUGGGAAGAUGUAUGUGACAGGGGGAGACAAGUUGAUUCUCCAUGAGAAGGGCUGGCUGUCUCGUUACAAGACCCAGGAACUGCACAAGGGAGAGGGACCCAUCAGGGUCAUCAAAUGGAGAGGCCCCUUCAUAGCAUGGGCCAACGACAUGGGCGUGAAGAUGUAUGACACCAGCUCAAAGAAGAGGAUCACAUACAUUGCAAGGGACAACACACAGUUACGCCCAGAGCUGUACCGUUGCAACAUGUGCUGGAAGGAUGAUACAACGCUGCUCAUUGGCUGGGGAGACAGCAUUAAGGUCUGUAAGGUGAAAGAGAGGGACCCGCAUGAUGUGAGAGAUCUGCCCAGCAGAUACGUGGAAAUCACUGCGAUGUUCAAGCUGGAUUUCUACGUGUGUGGGAUUGCACCACUGGGGGAUCAACUGGUGGUACUGGCUCAUGUGCUGGAAGAGAACGAGGACGGUACCCAGAGCUCGGCCCGUCCCCAGCUGAGGAUCCUGGAGCCCCACAUGGACACCCACGACGAGAUCUCCAGCGACGCUCUCUCCAUCAGGGGCUUCCAGGAGUACAGGUGUAACGACUAUCAUUUAGAGUAUAUCGAGGAGGAUCGUCAGUUCUUCAUCGUGGCUCCAAAGGACAUUGUGGUGGCAAAACUGCGGGACCAGGACGACCACAUCAGCUGGCUUAUGGAGCAUGAGCUGUUCGAGGAGGCGCUGCUAGCAGCUGAAGCAAGUGAACAGUCCCUGAAAAGACACAAUGUCAUGGACAUCGGCAUGACGUACAUUAACUUCCUUCGUGAGGAGGGUCAGUACGACAAGGCCGCGGAGAUGUGCGUCAAGAUCCUCGGCAAGAACAAGGAACUCUGGGAACAGGAGGUCUUCAAGUUCCUGAAGGACAAGCAACUCAAGGCCAUCAGCCCCUUCAUCCCCAGAGGGGAUGUGCGUCUGAAGCCAGCGUUCUAUGAACUUGUGUUAAACGAGUUUCUCCUGACAGACCACGAGGGUUUCCAUCAGCUGAUCAAGGACUGGUCUCCUGACCUGUACAACAUCCAGGUCAUCAUCAACGCUGUGCAGACCAAACUGGAGAUGGACCCACAGAACAAGGUCCUGCUCAGGUCGCUCGCUGAGCUGCACACCUAUGACAAGAGAUAUGACAAAGCCCUGGCUAUCUACCUGAAACUUGGCCAUGAGGAUGUGUUCCCACUGAUCCACAAACACAACCUGUUCAGCUCCAUUCAGGACAAGAUCGUCAUGCUCAUGGACUUUGACACUGAGAGAGCUGUUAGACUCCUGAUUGACAACCUGGAGAGAAUCCCAAUAGAGAAAGUUGUUCAUCAACUGGAACCAAGACCCAAGCUACUUUACCUGUACCUGGACACCCUGUUCCAGAAGGACCCCCACAUUGGGCAGGACUUCCACGCGAUGCAGGUGAAGCUGUACGCAGAGUUCGACCGCGCUCGGCUCCUGCCUUUCCUCCGCUCAAGUAACUACUACCCACUGCAGAAGGCACUGGAAGAAUGUCAGCAGAGGAACUUCAUCCCAGAAAUGGUAUUCCUUCUGGGUCGCAUGGGCAACACGAAGCAGGCCCUCCAUCUGAUCACAGAGGAACUGCAGGAUGUGGACAAGGCCAUCGAGUUCGCCAAGGAGCAUGACGAUGAGGAAUUAUGGGAAGACUUGAUCAGCUCCUCUAUGGACAAACCAGCAUUCAUCACUGGACUCCUACAGAACAUUGGAACCCAUGUGGACCCCAUCAUUCUCAUUAAGCGCAUUCCGGAGGGUCUGGAGAUUCCAGGAUUACGAGAUUCCUUGGUGAAAAUUCUUCAAGACUUCAACCUACAGAUCUCCCUGCGUGAAGGUUGUAAGAAGAUCCUGGUGUCGGAUUGCUACACACUCAUGAGCCGGCUCAACAGACAACAGAAACGAGGAUUAAGGGUCGAAGAGUCUGACCGAUGUGAAAGCUGCUGUGCACCAGUUAUAGUUGAUGACUCUCGUUCUGCCAGCAACAUCUCUGUGUUCUACUGCCACCAUGUGUUCCACCAGGACUGCCUGCCAUACAACACUGAAACCUGUACCCUGUGUAAUGCCCAACGGAGACGGCCUGGCAGCGCUGGAAUCUUCCGAAAAUAAACAUGCUGCUCUUAAUCCCUUAAUGCAAAAAAA